AUGAGCACCGUGCGGCGCCGUUUCCAUGAGGAAGGGCUUGGGUCCCGUACGGGCCUACGCAUUGGUGCCGUGCGUAAAGACUCACAGGGUAAUGAAGAUAUCGACGCAUUUUUUGCAGAGUCAAAGCGUGUGCUCGAUUGGAUGGACCAUUCCGACGAGGAGUCGGAAAGUACAGUCGUCUCCGCAAAGACGCGCCAAGACGACCAAGGCGGAGUUUGGGACGACCGGGUGCAGCGGCUUUCGGCGUGGGCUGCAGGCGUUGAGCCUGCCCGUGAAGAAGUCUCGCGCACCUCGGCGAUCCCCGCUGCGGACGCGUCGAUGUGGGAGUCGAGCAUAGACGGCGCCGACCGGACGUUUGACCUCACAGGACUGGCGGGUGAUGUGCCAAGUAGUCCCAUGCGUGCAGCACAGGACUGGAGGGCAGAUAGCACAGAACGAUGGGAUCGAAGAGCGUCGGGCGCUCGCGACCGCGACGAUUGGCGCGAGGAUGCAGAUUGGCUCGGACCGCGGAGUGAGCGCACACUUGUGCCUUUGCGUCGCGAUACGCUAGCGCCGAUGCCAGAUAUGAGCGGUGGAACGUCGUUUUUGCACGAAUCCUUUUCACAGAGUGCAUUGGACAGCGAUCCUGCCUCGCUCGACUCGGUGCGCGACACGGCAAGUCCACAAGCGCCGCCAUUUUUGCGCGACGAGACGCCGCUGGCCAUGCCGGAUGUGGAUGCAUCAGACGCUGGGAUGGAGUAUGAUGCGUACGAAGAGAUGCCCGAGCCGCCGCCCAAGAAACGAGGGCGCGGCAGGCCACGCAAAUCCGAGACGCUGCGUGCCGCUUCUUCCGGCGCUGCGUACGUUGCUUCGAACCGCCCACGCGGCCAGCCAGGCCGUCCUCCUGGCCGGCAAAUGGCGCCCCAAAAGAUUGUCGAGCAAAUCCACGACCCGCCGAGCUGGCAGCUACAGUCUCCAGAUGGUCUGCGCCGUGGAAAGCGCCAUCGUAUCCCGCCGCUCGAUUGGUGGCGCGGCGAGCGUGCAUUGUACGGACGCACAGGUGCAAACGAGAAUGCGCCGCUGCUGUCGUUUGGUAUGGUGGCGCCGGUGCUCAAAGAAGUCGUUCGCGUUCCGCGGCGCCCUGACGAAGGCACCUUUGCCGGAAUGCGGCGCUUCAAGCCGAAACCUGCAGGCUACCAAGGCCCUGGACGGCCGCCAUUGCACCGGCAGCCCACAGAGCACGCAGUGUCGUCUGCAAGGCAUGCUGAGCCUGGCAUGGACGAAGAGACGGACCCAUUUGGCCAAGUUUACGACGCGGACCAAGGAAUGGACGUUACGAUGCGCAUUGCAUGCACGUCCAGUGACAUGCGCCCCCGCCCUGCGUUUAACCAACAGUUUCUCUAUGAAAAGGUGUUUAGUCUUGGAGAGUUUAUGGCUGCUGGUGUGCUUGUUAUCCCUGGGGGAGGCGAGAAACCGACCAAGCCCAGCAAAGACAACAAUUACGCCUUUUUUGUAUUUCAAGGAGCUGUGGAGGUCAUGGUGCAUAGGACACGGUUUGUUAUUGCGUCGGGCGGCAUGUUUUUGAUUCCGAAAGAGAAUAUGUACAAUAUUAGGAACGUUGGCGAUAACGAGGCGCGGAUUUUUUUUGCGCAGGCACGCAAUUUGUCUGCGCCGCUGACUACGGUCGUGCACCAAGGACGGCCAGUGUUUUCUCACGGGCAGGAGCAUGUAGACGUGGAGGAAGGGGAAGGCGAGGAAGAAGCCCCAUCCCAAGACGAGUUUGCGCCCGACGACUCGGACCCCGACGAGGAAUACGAUAUAAGCCGCGAAUCGCGGCGCUCGCAUCGAUCGUCGGGGCGUUGGUAG